AACUCAAACCGGAUGUAUGAAGUGUCAACAAAAUGCAAACACGUGUGGUGUAGCAGCGGAGGAAGAAGCAUGUGUAAUAUUAAUACUUUUACUCGUGCUAUAUAAAUAUUAAGACACCAGAUAAAUGCAUGAAGUGUAAGGAAUAUUUGGAAACAUGAAGUUUGCUUACAGGUUUUCAAAUCUACUCGGAGCAGUCUAUCGUCAGGGGAAUCUGAAUUUUUCCAAAGAUGGCAACGCUGUGAUCAGUCCAGUUGGAAACAGAGUCUCCGUCUUCGACCUGAAAAACAACACAUCUGAGACGCUGCCAGUCUCCACUACAAAGAACAUAACAUGUGUGGGUCUCUCUCCUGACGGGAACCUGGCAAUCCUGGUGGAUGAAGAUGGCGCAGCGCUUCUGGUCAGUCUCAUCACCCGAGCCAUCCUCCAUCAUUUCCACUUUCACAAACCUGUCAGCAGCAUCCGCUUCUCCCCUGACGGCAGGAAGUUUGUUGUCACAAAGGAGAAUGUAGCGUUGAUGUACCACGCACCUGGGAAGCAGCGGGAGUUUAACGCCUUCGUCCUGGACAAGAGCUACUACGGUCCUUAUGAUGAAACCACCUGCAUCGACUGGACAGACGACUCCAAGUGUUUUGUGGUUGGCAGCAAAGACAUGUCAACGUGGGUGUUCGGCGCAGAGCGCUGGGCCAACCUCAUCUACUACUCCCUGGGUGGACACAAGGACCUCAUCGUGGGCUGUUUCUUUGAGAAGGACAGUCUGGAUCUGUACACGGUGAGCCAGGACGGGACGCUGUGCGUGUGGGAGAGCGACACCGAACUGGACGGCCUCGUCCUGAAGAAAAGCCGCGACAAGCCCAAGCCCCCGAGACAAGGGGAGGAUGAGGAUGAGGAUGAGGAGGAGAGGGUGGAGGGAGAGGAGGGAGAGGUCAUCAGAGGGAAAGCUGAAGCUCCCAAAGAGAAGGAGGAGACUAAGAACGUUCGAUACAAGCAGAGGAGCAAGCACUUCUUCAAUAAGGAGGGGGAUUUUAACAACUUGACAGCGGCCGCCUACCACAAGCCGACACACAUCCUGGUCACAGGUUUUGCCUCGGGAAUCUUCCACCUGCACGAACUUCCAGAGUUCAACCUUAUACACUCGCUGAGUAUUUCAGACCAGAGAAUCGCUUCAGUGGCUAUAAACAGCUCUGGAGACUGGAUCGGCUUCGGGUGCUCGGGGAUGGGUCAGCUGCUGGUGUGGGAGUGGCAGAGCGAGUCGUACGUCUUCAAGCAGCAGGGACACUUUAACAACAUGGCCUCGCUGGCUUACUCACCUGACGGACAGUACAUCGUAACAGGAGGCGAUGAUGGCAAAGUCAAAGUGUGGAACACCAACAGCGGCCUUUGCUUCGUCACCUUCACAGAGCACACCAGCAGCGUCACCAACGUCACCUUCACCUCCAGCGGCUUCGUCAUCGUCAGCGCUUCUCUGGACGGGACGGUCCGAGCGUUCGACCUGCACAGAUACCGAAACUUCCGGACGUUCACGUCGCCUCGGCCUGCGCAGUUCUCCUCCCUCGCAGUAGAUGUCAGUGGAGAGCUGGUGAGCGCAGGAGCCCAGGAUUCCUUUGAGAUCUUUCUCUGGUCCAUGCAGACAGGCAGACUGCUGGAGGUCCUUGGGGGCCACGAGGGUCCAGUCAGCUGCCUGUGUUUCAGUCCAGUCCAGUCCAUCCUGGCCAGCGCCUCAUGGGAUCGCACCAUCCGGCUGUGGGACAUGAUGGACAGCUGGCAGGUCAAGGAAACACUUCCCCUAACCUCUGAUGGCCUGUCAGUGACUUACCGCCCUGACGGUCAAGAGUUGGCCGUGGCCACUCUGAACGGUGAGAUCUCUUUCUGGAACCCUCACACAGCCACACAAAGCGGCUCGGUGGCUGGACGCCACGACCUGCAGAUGGGCCGCAAAGAGACCGAUAAAAUCACAGCCAAGCAGUCGGCCAAGGGCAAGUCCUUCACGUCGCUGUGCUACUCUGCGGACGGGGAGUCUAUUUUGGCAGGAGGCCAGUCCAAGUUUGUCUGCAUCUACAACGUCAAGGAGCAGAUGCUCAUGAAGAAGUUUGAGAUCUCUUGCAACCUGUCCUUCGAUGCCAUGGAGGAGUUCCUGGACCGACGGAAGAUGACAGAGUUCGGCAGCCUGGCGCUGGUGGAUGAGGGAGCUGGAGACGGAGACAGCGUCAACAUCAGCCUCCCUGGAGUCAGGAGAGGUGAUAUGAGUUCCCGACACUUCAAGCCAGACAUCAGAGUCAGCUCGCUGCGUUUCUCCCCUACUGGUCGUAGCUGGGCCGCCACCACCACCGAGGGCCUGCUGGUCUACUCCCUUGAUGGAUCUCUAGUCUUUGACCCCUAUGACCUCGACCUUGACGUGACGCCGGCCAGCAUACGCAAGCAGCUGCGGCUCCAGGAUUGGGCGUCGGCCAUCGUUCUGGCAUUCAGACUCAAUGAAAAAGCCCUCAAGCAGGAAGUGCUGGAAACGGUGCCACAUGAUCAGAUCCGAGUGGUUUGUGGUUCUCUUCCGGACAUUUACGUUGAGAAGUUGCUGGGCUUUGUGGCGGCGUGCUUGGAGAAGUCGGGUCACCUGCAGUUCUACAUGACAUGGGCCCAGAGCCUGCUCAUGCUGCACGGACAGAAACUCAAGAACAGGUCAGGAGCCGUACUGCCCACCCUGCAGGCGCUGCAGAAGAGCAUCCAGAGACACUUUGACAAUAUGUCCAAACUGUGUGACUUUAACAUGUACAACAUUCGUUAUGCCGUGGCCCUGUCCAAGCAGAGGGGCAUGAAGAGAGCAGCUGAGGAGGAUGAGGGGGUCAAGGAGGAGGAUGAAGAGGAGCUGUCUGAGGAGAUGAGCGAGGCCUCUGUGGAGGACGCAGAGAUGAUGCUGUAGGCCUGACCUCAUUCCAACAACAUCGCCACAAAUGGAGAAUAAUAAUGUUGGACUGUCAAAGCAAACAGAUUUAUAUGUUCUUUAAAAAUGAUUGUAAACUGUUUUUUUAUUAAAUUCAUGUGUAAAUGUG